AGAGAGAGAGAGAGAGAGAGAGAGAGAGAGAGAGAGCGCACCUCCUCCGCCGCCUUCGGGCCAGCCUUGUGUACUCCCGUCUGUGUGUAGCGCCGAGUGAUCAGGAGGACGGGCCAACCGAGCCGUCUGUCUGGCCCUUCGACACGCGGUGCGUCGACAGGCUGACCGGCGAGCUUAACGGCACGGUCGCGCGCACGCCAGCGCGAUACUGCCUUGCCGCACGUUGCCGCUGAGGCAGCAGGACUCUGGGCGCCGCUCACCUCGGGGGCCGUGAGGACGAAGGAGCGCGCAGGAAGGACCGGUAGCCGAGAGAGAGAACCCUCAGAAUCGUCCGUAGGACAGGCGAAGGUGGUAGAAAGGGAGAGAGAGAGAGAAAGAGAGAGAGAGAGAGAGAGAGGAGAAAGAGAGAAAGAGAGAGAGAGAGAGAAAGGGAGAGGAGGAGGAGGAGGAGAAGGAGGAGGAGGAGGACCUAGGCCGGCACGAUGCGGCCCAGGGCCGCGGCAACGUCAACCACCGACGACGCGGGCCGCGGCAUCUCGCGGCCGAUCCCGCUCGUCGUCCUGCGAACCACCUGCGUCCUUGCCCUACUGGUGCUGGCCGCCACGUGGAUACCGGUCGCCGAGGCUGUGAUCUGCAGAGACUCUUACAAAUGCAAUUGCACCGGAAUCAAAGGGCAGCCGGGAUUCCCGGGGAUACCUGGGCCCCAAGGAACGGAGGGUCUCCCUGGCGACAUCGGGCCCGAUGGACCACCAGGGCCCAAGGGCGAGAAGGGAGCGGGCGGAGAGCCCGGAGCCACCGGAGAGAAGGGCAAUCGAGGUGAAGAAGGUAUACCAGGAUUCGAAGGAAGUCCGGGACGCUCCGGUCACCCCGGUAUACCCGGCGUGAUGGGCCCGGACGGGCUGGACGGGUGCAACGGUACGGACGGUCGCGAGGGUGCACCAGGUAUACCCGGACUUUACGGGCCGCGCGGCCCGAUAGGACCGAUAGGAGAUUACGGUUACCCGGGAGAGCCCGGCGACGGAGGCAUCAAUUCGGUCGGUGCCAAAGGAAUCCGCGGGAAUCCCGGCGUGGACGGGCCGCAGGGUUAUCCAGGAGCGUAUGGGCUUACCGGCGAAGUGGGUUAUCCAGGUGACACCGGCGACUUCGGUUUGACAGGUUCACCCGGAUUGCCGGGUAUGCAAGGUGACCGUGGUGACAGCGUCUACGGUGUGAAGGGCCAACUUGGCGAACAGGGUGACAGAGGGGAGGCCGGAUCGCCUGGUAAAGACGAAUAUAAGAAGCAAGAAACGACGCCCGUGAAAGGCCAACCUGGGCCAAAGGGCAUGAAGGGCGACUAUGGAAAUCGAGGGUUCACCGGAGAGAUUGGUAUCAAAGGUCCACGGGGGCGAUCAGGCUUCCAGGGCGCCAAGGGUGUGAAGGGCGAGCAAGGUGACGAUGGGCCAAGAGGCAAGCAGGGUGUCGAGGGCCCGCCAGGUCCAGCUGGUGAAAAGGGAGAGAAAGGAGCUCCAGGAUUCGCCGGAUCACCUGGCCUGGAUGGGAGUGAUGGAGAACCAGGAGAAGAAGGAAACCGUGGUCCGCCAGGCAAACAGGGUGCUGAAGGAGAACUCGGACAAUAUAUUCCAGAACUCGACGAGAUAAUCGCCGGAAAUAUCGGAAUACAAGGAGAUCUAGGUCCUCUUGGCGAGGCUGGCGAGCCUGGAACACCGGGCCAGACAGGAAAAGUAGGCUUCAUUGGUCCUCCAGGACCACCGGGACCUCCGGGUAUCUCCGGUUUGCCGGGAGCGAAGGGUUCGUCCAUAAAAGGAGAACAAGGAGACGACGGCUUACCGGGUCCAAUCGGACCUCAAGGACUUCCUGGGUCGUCUGGUUUACCCGGAAUCGUGGGAGCCAAAGGAUUCCCUGGUGUAACGAUAAAUGGGCCACCAGGACCAGACGGCUUCCCGGGCAUUCCGGGAGCGCUAGGCCCUCCUGGUGAUCGUGGAGAUCCUGGUCUUCCUGGAGAAAAAGGUUUUCCCGGAAAAGGCAUAAGGAUUCGCGGACCAACUGGAGAGCGAGGUUUACCGGGCAUACCGGGUUUUACCGGUCCCGACGGCUGGCCCAGUGGACCUGGCCCUAAAGGUGUCAAGGGUAUUCGAGGAGACGACUGCGGCGUCUGUGCACCCGGUCUACCCGGUGAGAAAGGAGAGCGCGGUGAGUCUGGUUUGGACGGGUAUCCGGGUGCAUCAGGUUUCCCCGGUCUACCUGGUCCUCGAGGUUUGAAAGGAAUACAAGGAAAACGAGGACCGGUCGGACCUCCUGGACUCGAGGGUGACAGCGGAAGGCCUGGUAUUGAGGGAAGCCCAGGACCCAAAGGCGAAGUGGGCAAAAUAUAUUACCCGCCAGACGAGAAAUUCAUCAGUCCACCGGGUGACAUCGGCGAGAAGGGCUUACCUGGACCGGAAGGACUCAGAGGUCCACGAGGAAAACCGGGACUCAUUGGUGACGCAGGUGCACCGGGACCGAAGGGAGAAAAGGGUGAACAUGGUGCGCCCGGGUUACCAGGAAGAGACGGUUUACCAGGGUGGGACGGUAUAGAUGGUGAAGAAGGUGAAGACGCUUCGAUACCGGUAGUAUUCUUGCGCGGAGAUCCCGGAUAUCUAGGAGAAUCAGGAAUAAAAGGAAUAGAAGGAGACAAGGGCAUCAAGGGUGAAAGUGGAGUAUCUGUGGAGUACAUUCAAGAGACUAAGGGUGAUAAGGGCUUCAAAGGUGUCAGAGGAUCUCCUGGUGAGCCUGGUUACAAAGGCUUCCAAGGACACCCAGGAGACGAAGGUCUGACAGGAUUACCCGGUGAGACUGGAUCGCCAGGUAUUUCGCCUCAAGGUCCUAUAGGUUUAAAGGGCUAUCCGGGAAUGCCGGGAGAUCAAGGAUUCCGUGGCACACCAGGAUCACCUGGAUCACAAGGACCAGUAGGUUUUCCGGGUCGCAUCGGUAACAAAGGUGAACGAGGAGAUCUGGGCACGAAUCUAACUUAUGGCGAGAUAGGAGAACGCGGAUGGUACGGUCCGAAAGGAGACAUCGGUUUUGCAGGCCCUCAAGGAUUGCCUGGACGACCAGGAGAGGAUGCUGCAAAGGGCGUCAAGGGCGCUAAAGGAGCGCCUGGUUAUGAGGGUUUGCCUGGACUUCAAGGAACCAAAGGCCAACGUGGCGAUAGUAUACAAGGCGGUCGAGGUCUGCCAGGUAUACCAGGCCAACCUGGAAUGCCGGGAAGAAUUGGAGAUAUCGGCAUACGUGGUCCCGAUGGUCCCUCUGGGUUUGAUGGGAUGAAAGGUCUGAAGGGUGAACUAGGUUUCAUCGGACGACGUGGUGACGAUGGGGACUCUGGACUUCAAGGAUACCAAGGAAUGCACGGUAGACAAGGUGCACCAGGUGCUCCAGGGAUUAAAGGAGAAGUCGGCGGGAUUGGCGAAUCAGGUCCAUCUGGUUGGCUCGGUGCCGACGGUAUAGACGGAGCGCCCGGGCCUAAAGGAGAAACAGGAGAGAUCGGAGAACCCGGUGUGCCGGGAGUGAGAGGAUCGCCUGGAUUUAAAGGUAUCAUGGGUGAUUAUGGUCCCGAAGGAUAUUCUGGACUUCCUGGCGAGAACUCCUUCAGCGGUCCUCAGGGUGAUAUCGGCGAGCCUGGUUUCAUGGGAGAAAUCGGACCACCCGGUCUGACUGGAUUUGAUGGACGACCAGGUUUGCCAGGAGAACCAGGAUUGUCCACUGACGGCUUCAACGGCCUGCAAGGACAAAAAGGAGAACCUGGAUUCGACGGAUUCGAUGGUGUCGAGGGAUCAAAGGGAGAAAUCGGUGACAUGGGUCCUGAUGGAGUAAAAGGCGAGCGAGGAGAUAGAGGUUUCUCUGGAAGGCGAGGCCUACAGGGAGCGCCCGGUAGACACGGCGCGAAAGGCUUAAGAGGUCGGAUUGGUCCCGCUGGAUUCGAUGGAUUGGAAGGAAAACGCGGUCCUGAUGGUGAUCCUGGUUUAAUGGGUCGACCAGGAAUGCCGGGCGACGUGGGUUUCAGAGGAGCACCUGGCAUUAUGGGUGCUCCUGGACUUAAGGGUUACAUAGGCGAGCCUGGUUCACCGUCUUACGCUUUCGCGGAGAAAGGUGAUUACGGUAAUCGUGGUCACGAUGGUUUCCCCGGUGUGAAAGGACAAGUGGGCGAGUCGGGAUAUAUCGGAGUACUCGGCCGUAAGGGUCAAACCGGAGACCGAGGGUAUCCAGGACCCACUGGUUUCCCAGGAUUACCCGGUUUCCCUGGUCUGCCAGGUGAUCAAGGACCUCCCGGAACUCCAGGUUUGGUUGUUGAAUAUGCUGAACCCGGCGAGAUUGGUCGCGCUGGUCUGGAUGGUUUGCCUGGAGUCCCAGGACGUCCAGCACAAAAGGGAGCUCCUGGUGAAUAUGGUCCGAACGGACCUAAAGGAAUCUCCGGAGAUAUAGGCGACAGCAUUCGCGGCCCGAAAGGAGUUGUGGGAGAACCAGGUUUCAGAGGAUUUGUCGGCGUACCGGGCGUACCAGGCUUGCAAGGAGUGCAAGGUUUCCGUGGGGCACCAGGUCUGAAAGGUUUCCGCGGAGAACCAGGAAUACCUGCAGGCAGCGCCAAAGGACAACCUGGCGAGCCUGGUUUUAUUGGACUCGACGGUCGAACUGGACCGAAAGGAAUGAAAGGUGACAGUGGUCUACCCGGGUUUAACGGACUACCUGGACCGAAAGGAGAAAGAGGUAACGCUGGUGAACCUGGUGUACCUGGAUUGCCUGGUCCUGACGGACCUCAAGGGCCGAAAGGGGAACUUGGCAUAAAUCCUUUCCCGCCGUUCCCGAGACGAGGAGUUCGAGGUGACAUAGGAGCGCCAGGAUUACCGGGUUUCCCUGGACAACAGGGAAUGAUGGGUGAACCUGGUAAAGACGGUCUGCCUGGACGAGAGGGUGAGAGAGGUAUGAUAGGUCUGCCUGGACUGCAAGGACGGGACGGCGAGGAUGGGCCUGAGGGUUAUCCAGGAUCUCGUGGAAUAACUGGACGUCAAGGACAACCAGGAUUCCCCGGCGCACCUGGUGCACCCGCGCCAAACGGAAUCGGUCCGAGAGAUAGAGGAUUUUCCUUUGCUCGACACUCGCAGUCUGAAAUGAUACCAAUCUGUCCAAGAAAUACCGUGAAGUUAUGGGAAGGAUUCUCUCUGUUGCACACCAUGGGCAAUGGACGAGCUUACGCGCAAGAUCUCGGUGCUGCUGGUAGCUGCGUCAAGAAGUUCUCUACCAUGCCUUUCCUAUUCUGUAACCUGAACAACGUAUGCGAUUACGCCAAUCGCAACGACUACAGCUACUGGCUCAGCACGACCGAGCCGAUGCCGACGAUGAUGACACCGAUACCGGCGCCGGAAGUUGGUAGAUACUUAUCGAGAUGCGCCGUAUGCGAGGCGCCCACCAGAGUGAUAGCCGUUCACAGUCAAUCUAUGGCUAUACCCGAGUGUCCGGGUGGCUGGGAGGAAAUCUGGGUCGGAUACAGUUUCCUCAUGCACAGAGACGCAGCAGCCGACGGCGGUGGCCAAUCACUGGUCUCUCCGGGAUCCUGCCUCGAAGAUUUCCGCAUCCGGCCGUUCAUCGAGUGCCGCGGCCUCGGCACCUGCAACUACUUUGCCACCGCGACGUCGUACUGGCUGGCGACGGUCCACGACAAUGAGAUGUUCCGCAAGCCUCAGCAGCAGACUCUCAAGGCCGACCACACGUCCCGGGUGAGCCGUUGCGCCGUAUGUAUCCGUCGGCGCAUUACCGAGGGCCACGGCAGGACGGAACUGAAACCCUUCACUGCCAAUAGCGAACGUUCACCGAGCAAUGUUCAUUAUCCUCCAUCGCCGCGCUAUCCGACCCAUAACCAGCCGCCCAGAACGCGACCUAGCCAUGAGAGAUAUCCUAGCAACCAGGACGGAUAUUCCAGUCAGGGUAGAUAUUCCGGCCAGAACAGAUACUCCAAUCAGGACAGAUAUUCCAACCAGGACAGAUAUCCCAACAACCAGGAGAGAUAUCCUAAUAACAGAUUGAUCAGCCAUCGUAGGAGAGGUCGCGUGCGCGACAGACAGGGCGAACGACCAUCAGAAUUCGACAAUCAGCCGUAGGGGAUGAUUGGCGAAGUGCGCACAUAAUACCGAGAACACGAGCGGCGUCAGUGACGUGCCAGGGCGUAGCGAGCCUAUGUAUAUAAGAAAACAAGAAACUCUCUUUCUCUUCUACUAGUUAAGUUAUAUAUAUAACGGCCGGGUGUGUGCUCUCUGGUCCGUAGACUUUGGGCCGGGUAGAAAAGGAUAGCGUAAAUAAACACGUAGAGGCGAUUAACGGAGGCCGAGGGGAGCCGAAGUAAGCUAUUUGAGAUAAUCUAAACAACACGGAGGUCCAAGGGAUACAAAGACCGCUAAAAGAGCAUUCUCACGGUAUCGUUUGCGGUCCCUAGCGUUAAUUAGAAAAGAAACUAGAAAAGAAAUUAGAAAAGAACCGUGUCAAUAAAUUUUCGCCUGUUUCCCGUUUCUUUUUCUUUCUUUUUUUUUUAGAAUAGGCUCGAUCGAUGCAUUCUCGAUGAUUUAUGGAAAAAAAAAAAAAAACUAACACAAGCAAAAAAAAACAAGUUGCUUCCCCAAGCGACUACCAUUGAAACUA